AAUUAACAAAACAAAUAGAAGGUCACACUAUUUGUGCUUUGGGCGAUGCCGCAGCAUGGCCCAUUCAAGGAUUAAUCCGUCAUUUCCGACCAGAACUUGAGGCUCGUAUGAAAUCAUAUGCUGAAACUCAUUCUGAACAAGAUUUAAAAAAAUUUUCUGUUGCAGCCCCCGG